UCUUCUUCUUCCUUCUCCCGCCUUCUCCAUCCUCCCAGCAGCAGCUGCUGACACCUCUUCAAACUCCAAUCCUACUCCCACACACUGCUGGUCCAGCUCGCGCGCGAGCUACAGCAGCGAUUUCCCUCUGUUCUCCGGUUUUGAUCGAUCGAUCGACCAGCUGUAAGGUCAGGAGGAGUGAUUGUGUGUGUGAGAGAGAAUCUGAUGGAUAUGACGCACGAGAGAGACGCGAGCAGCGAGGAGGAGGUGAUGGCCGGCGAGCUCCGGCGCGGGCCGUGGACGGUGGAGGAGGACCUCCUGCUGGUCAACUACGUCGCCUCGCACGGCGAGGGCCGCUGGAAUUCGCUCGCCCGAUCAGCAGGGCUGAAGCGCACCGGCAAGAGCUGCCGCCUCCGGUGGCUCAACUACCUGCGCCCCGACCUCCGGCGCGGCAACAUCACGCCGCAGGAGCAGCUGCUCAUCCUCGAGCUGCACUCGCGCUGGGGCAACCGCUGGUCCAAGAUCGCGCAGCACCUCCCCGGCCGCACCGACAACGAGAUCAAGAACUACUGGCGCACGCGCGUGCAGAAGCACGCCAAGCAGCUCAAGUGCGACGUCAACAGCCAGCAGUUCAAGGACGUCAUGCGCUACCUCUGGAUGCCCCGCCUCGUCGAGCGCAUCCAGGCCGCCGCGGCCAGCGGCGCCGGGGCGGCGGGGCAGCAGGCCGGCGCCGCGGACACGCCGCUGUCCUCGUCGUGGCAGCACGGCGCCGACGACGGCCUCUACGCGUCGCCUGAGCUGCCCACCGACGCCUGCUGGCCCGCGGAGUACUACGGCACGGCCGCCGGUGAUCAUCCGCUGCUGAACAACCCCGCCGUCCCGGAGCUGUCGAGCACCACGGCCGGGUCGUCAUCUCCGUCCUCGGACUCCGGCGCGGGGGCGCAGCCCUGGCUUGCGCCCGUGGGUGGAGCGGAGUGGUUCACCACCGCCUGCGAUGCCUCCAGCGCCGCCGUCGCCAUGAACGACACCGUCCUGGCCGGUCAGCAACAGCAGCUGCCGUGCCUGCUCGGGGAGACGUGGACGUCCUCCGAGCUCCCGGAGCUCGGCGUCGCGGACUUCGAGAUCGGCAGCUUCGACGUGGAGAGCAUCUGGAGCAUGGACGACAACUUGUGGUACACGCAGACGCAGGGCGUGUGAACUGAAGCCAGCACGGCGGCAUGGAGCUCCACGCCUCCACGGCAUCGGCGGUGGACACAUGCGCCUGCGCGUUGGAUACAAUCAGCCGCCGGGGACGCCCAGCGCAGAGCAGAGCUAGCUGAGAAACGGAUUAGAAGAAGGAGGGAGAUUAUUUGGAGGAAUAGAAGACGACGACGACGACGACUAAUCUUUGUUAGGCUCAAGAUGCAGUUCUUGGCCUCUUGCCUCCGGGACUAUUCCACUCCAGUUCUACCUCGUUUCUUAUUAAUUUUAUUUUCUUGUUUAGAUCCCCUAGAGGCUAGGGUAUAUACGCAAAAAAAGGAGAGAGAAAACCGUAGCUGUUGCAGUGUAUGUGUCAAGUGUUUGUACGUGGCCCGUCUAAUUUUACUCAUUCUUUUUGAGUAAAUACAUAUUAUAUAUGAAGCUGAAGUUACUGAA